CUAACAGAUAAAAUGGCGUCCGAAAACAGCUCUGAAUCCCAAGAUGAGAAAGCUGCCCUCAUAGAAACCGGCUCAGAACAAGAUGUGCAGCAACAGCAGAGCGGCGCGGUUGCGAAACAAAACGGAUCCAAACUGACGCUUUACCACUGGACGCAGUCUUUCAAUUCUCAGAAGGUGCGUCUGGCCAUAGCUGAGAAGGGUUUGCACUGCGUGGAGUAUGACGUGAGCCUACCGCUCAGUGAACACAACGAGCCCUGGUUCAUGCGUCUGAAUCCUACUGGUGAGGUGCCGGUCUUAGUCCACAAUGACAACGUCAUCUGUGACCCAACGCAGAUCAUGGACUACCUGGAGCACAACUUCAAUGAGGAGGGCACUCCCAAGCUGGUACCUGAAGAGGGCAGCACAUACUAUCACAGAGUGCAGCACUACAGAGAGCUCCUGGACUCCCUACAGAUGGAUGCCUACACCCAUGGUUGCAUCCUACACCCUGAGAUCACGGUGGACUCCCACAUACCGGCAUACGCUGCCACAUGCAUACGAACACAGAUCGCAAACACACAGUCUGAGCUGAAGAAACUGGCAGAGCAGAACCCGGAGCUUAAAGAUGCUUAUGUAGCCAAACAGAGGCGCUUAAAAUCUAAGUUGUUUGACCACGACAACAUGAAAUAUCUGAAGAAGCUCCUGGAUGAACUGGAGAGUGUGAUGGACCAGGUAGAGACAGAGCUUCAGAGGAGGGUGGAAGAAACACCAGAAGAAGGCAGUCAGUCCUGGCUGUGUGGUGAGUUCUUCAGCAUGGCCGACGUCUCUCUGGCAGUGACCUUGCACCGCCUCAAGUUCCUCGGCCUUUCCCGCCGCUACUGGGGCAAUGGUAACCGUGUCAACCUGGAAACAUACUACGAGCGUGUGGUGGAGCGCCCGGCCUUCAGGAGGGUUCUGGGCCAUGUCAACAACAUCCUGAUAUCUGCUGUCCUGCCUGUGGCGUUUCGUGUGGCCAGGAAGAAUGCACCGGUAAUUUUUGGUACCACUCUGUUGAUAGGCAUUCUGGGAGGAGCUACGUACGUCGCUUUUCUUUACAUGAAGAAGAGGCUUACAGCCUUUAGCUGA